ACAGGAAUGUGGAUGUUUUAAGGCCAGUGGUUGAACUAAUUAAUUUUAAUCUGAAUGUUAUUAAAAUUUGUGGAUUCCCUGCAUUUUCUAUGAAAAAAAAAACAGCCCAGGAGAGUGCUGUGGCAGUACUUUUAACAGCAAUUGGACAUGUUGUGGUCUGGUUUUAUACUCCAUGAAGUCAUUAGUGUGGUGGUUUUGCAAUGCCGAUGUGGUCAUCGGAGGUGGUGUUUACACACUGCAGUCAUCAUACAGUAACUCAGAUAUUUGUCAGGAAUAUAGCCAACAAAAAACUGAUCAAGGAGAUAUUUAAUUUGUUAUUGUCUUCCCUCAGGGACAGACUGCUACUUUGGAAGGGAUGUGAAGUAGUUCUUGAGCUCUGAUGUCCCUUUGUGCACAUAAAGGGCACUUAAGUUAUUCAUAUUUUGACCAAUUGAGGAAAAUGCAUUUCGACACUGCAUCUGAGCAACUGAAAAUGCUAGUAGUGGUUGCUUUUGUGUGACUGGAAAGAUCAUCAUCAGUCAGGUGCUUAUGAGUGAUGUGUGUGUUUGUGGGUGGAGGGUGUUAAAGGGCCAUUUUUGUCCAGGUGGAUGAGUGGGUUGGUCACCGUUUGCGGUUCUUUCACCGUACUUUGGACUUUGUGGGUCUGUGGUGUUAAAGGGGCAUUAGACCUACUGCUCAAAACCGCUGUUGAACAAUGGGCAGCGACACCAGGAGGAGAAAGACUGUUCGAAAAGGGCAAAGGCCAAGCUGUGACAGGUCCACAUGUGCCCGUCACAUAACCAGACGAUCGGUUUUUCUUUUUUUUUUUUGGUUAGACAGGUUUUGUUUUAUUCUGAAAAUGCGACACAGAUACCUGCCUCUGAAACAGCGACAGCCCAAAAGAGCCGCAGGCGCUACAAUGCUAAUGUUGUCGGGGGCUUUGACUUCUCCCAGCCAUUGCAAAGAAGCUGCUCCGUGUGACAGCCACGGCGCCGCUCUUCCCCCGGUGUUCACUACCCCAGCUUUUCACGCCUCUUCACGAUUUGGCCACGAAGUGUCUUGAGGGGGCAAAAAAAAAAAAAACGACCGCGUCCUAUCUGUUAACCUUAAAGUGCGCGUUGUAUAAUGGACGAAACGGACAUCAUGGACUUAACGCAUCAGAAAGCGAGAAAGCGACCGCGUCCAAUCAGUUCCGUGGAUGACUCCGUGCAUGCUUCCCUCAAACGGCUCCCGAUCCGAGCAGCGGAGUGCAGGGAGCCCUCACUCAUGUUCGCAGUCAGAGGGGAGCCUGUUCCCGCAGCAUCUCUUAAGCAAAAUGACCAUUCGGUGACUUCCUCUCCAACCACAGUGAUGCCGGCGCAGGAUAAUCGCUCCAGCAUGUCCAGGCCCAUGAUCACACGGUCACCGGUGUCUCCCUUGAGUAACCAGGGCAUCCCAACACCUGCACAGCUCACCAAGUCCAAUGCCCCUGUGCAUAUUGAUGUGGGCGGACACAUGUACACCAGCAGUCUGGCCACCUUAACAAAAUUCCCAGAAUCCCGAAUUGGUCGUCUCUUUGAUGGCACAGAGCCUAUAGUCCUGGACAGCCUGAAGCAGCACUACUUCAUUGACAGGGAUGGACACAUGUUCCGCUACAUCCUCAACUUCCUCAGGACGUCCAAGCUCCUCAUCCCAGACGACUUCAAAGACUACAGUCUGCUGUACGAGGAGGCGCGAUACUUCCAGCUGCAGCCCAUGCUUGCUGAGCUGGAGCGUUGGCGCCAGGACCAGGAACUGAGCCGGGUGUCACGCCCCUGUGAGUGUUUGGUAGUGCGUGUUGCACCUGACCUGGGUGAGAGGAUCACGCUCAGCGGUGACAAGGCCCUGAUUGAAGAUGUGUUUCCGGAAAUCGGUGAUGUCAUGUGCAACUCUGUCAAUGCUGGCUGGAACCAUGACUCCACACACGUCAUCCGCUUCCCACUUAAUGGGUACUGCCACCUCAACUCUGUCCAGGUUCUAGAGCGUCUCCAACAGCGUGGCUUUGAGAUCGCUGGCUCCUGUGGCGGAGGCGUCGACUCAUCCCAAUUCAGCGAAUACGUCCUGAGGAGGGAACUGAGGAGGACAAGUCAGCGAGGAUCCAAUUCAAACAGGAUAAAGCAAGAGCAGCUGGACUAGAAACCUCCCGAGCAGUAGGAGGUGCUAGACUUUUCUGUGGCAGCCAAACUCUUGAUGCUGCAGAGCUCUGUGGACUCUGGUUUUUCUUCGUUUCCUUGUUGAUGUUUUUGUUUUCUUAAACUUGAGAACCAUCUAGAGAAUAAAAAUGAGGUGCAACAGGAGAUUUUUUUGCCAUAAGAAGAUACAAGACAUUUGAUAAGUUUGAGAUUGCAAGGACAUUUGUGAUUGUCUAGCCCCCAUAAGCCAAUUUAAAAAGGAUUUAUAUACGCUGGAUCCCCAAACAAAGUUUGUUUUAAAACUUAGAGCCUACAUUAGGUUAAAUAUGAUUUCUGUUAUUCCCAUAUAAAUUAAUAAGGCUUUUAUUGCUGAUGUAGUAUGUUGCAUAGCUUGUCAGCAGUGACUUGAUUUUGUUGUCUCACUGGCAAAUUGGCUAAGUCUGUUUUUAUCCCUUGCUGUAAAAAGGUCACUAAUGUGUUGCUUACAGUACAGAAUGUCUCAGUUGUCAUUAACAGUUAGUUUCAACAAAGCAUCUUUUUUCACAAUUAACAUGAUGUUGAAUAUUGUGAUACCAAUGAAGUGUUUUUUUGUUUUGUUUUUUUACUUUAAUGGACGUUAUUAUAUUGGAUUAUGCCAUAACAUAUAGUUGACAUUUGUAUCAUCAAAAUUAAACAUCAAAGACCAUUCUAUACGCAGUAAAGAAAAUAAUUUAGUAAAUUAUUAUGUCACACCAUUUGCCUCACUGGGGAGUAUGAACUACCAUCCCCCAUGUGCUGCAUUGGGAAUUAUUUAAUUGGAUCAUAAUAUUCCUCUGAGACAAGACCUGUAAAUUUUUUCAUUGUAUAUGUGUUUGUGUUUUUUACAUUGAAUCUUUUUAAAGCAAAUUUGUUGCCUCAGACAUGACUGAACAGAAUAAAGCUUAUUGUACUACCCACUCCAAGAUCACUUUUACUUGUAGCAAAUAUUAAUAUGAAGUUGGAUAUAAAGUAUUUCUAAGAUUACUGACCCACCUACGCUCCCUAGAUUUGAGUAAAGAGGAAUGUAGCAAAAAAUGUGAAAUAAAUCUCAACUAAAGUUGU